CUGACUGUAUUAAGAUGGAGAAGAAUUUGGAAGAGGUACAGGAUGUAUCCGACGGAAGCAAAGUCCUGAUGCGUUUCGAGGAUGGUUCAACAGCGGAGGCAGAUGUUGGUAAGUCAAAUGCUUUUUUUUUUUUCUGAUAUUUCUUUUAUUUCUCUUUGUCCACAUCCGAGUCCCACAUCGUACAUCUCUAUGAGUAUCCAAUAAACCAAAGGUACUAGGUAACUGACUCUGUAAUGAGAAAAUAGUCAUCGGGUGCGAUGGCAUCAACUCUCGGUUACGACCGCUCAUGUUUGGUCAAUCCCACGCUUCAUCGCAGCCAAGCUACUCCCAUAAAUUCGCCUUUCGUGGCAUUAUACCCAUGGACAAAGCGCGUGCAGCGUUGGGCGACGAAAAGACCAGCACGCGAUUGAUGCAUCUUGGCCCCGGCGCUCAUGCGCUAACCUUCCCCAUCGCCGGCGGGACCAUGAUGAAUGUCGUUGCAUUUGUCACGGACCCGAGCCCGUGGGCGGAGAAGGACGGCAAGUUUGUGGCUGCAGCGACCAAAAACGAGGCCAUAGAUGCGUUCGCGGGCUUCGGCCCAGCCGUGCGUACCAUUAUGUCGUUGUUACCCGACAAGCUGGACAAGUGGGCCAUCUUUGACAUGUAUGACAACCCUGUACCGACAUAUGCAAGUGGGCGACUUUGCCUUGCCGGAGACGCGGCUCACGCCUCAACUCCGCACCACGGUGCAGGGGCUGGGUGCGGCAUCGAGGACUCCCUGGCUCUGGCCGAGCUGCUGGCAUCCGUCAAUCAAAGAGCUGGGGUGAUGCCAAUCCGUAACAUGGUUACCAAAGCACUCGCGGUGUACAAUGAGAUGCGGUACGACCGCUCCCAAUGGUUGGUGCGAAGUAGUCGUAUGUUGGGUGAGAUGUUAGAAUGGCAGGACCCCCAAACUAGGGAAGACACGCAAGUGUUGGGACAUGAGCUGUGGCGGCGCUGUCAUGAGAUCUGGGACUUCGACGUUGACGAGAUGGUGCGUAACGGGAUUGACGCGUUGGGAUGGAAAUUGGCAAAACUCCCUCAGCCCUUGUUCACUAGAUAGAGGGUAAUACAAGUAACAAAGGUAUCUAGACGAGUUGGUACACGAGUAAGAGUACAUACUACUAGGUAAUUCAGGAACUGGAUGGAUCUGGAACUGGAACUGGAACAUCUGUGGAAUAGAG